UCGUCUUCUUAUCAGUGUUCGAUAACAGCCUCAUCCUAGUCCUCAUUCCGAGCCGGGCAGGAUGCCGAAAAAGAAGGGAGGCCUUGAGACGGACGUGGCCGAGAUCCGAAUAACCGUCAACAGAGCAGACGAUGACAGGAGCAUCUCCAUCACCGGUGGGGAAGACGAGAGGGGCGUCUGGGGCAGCAAGAUCGAGUUCAUCUUGUCCUGCCUCUCCUUCGCCGUGGGCCUGGGCAACAUCUGGAGGUUCCCUUACCUCUGCUAUCGUAAUGGAGGAGGCGCCUUCCUGAUCCCCUACGUCGUGAUGCUGUUCAUCACCGGAGUCCCCCUGUUCUUCUUCGAGCUGAGUUUAGGCCAGUACGGCCAGGAAGGACCCAUCACCAUCUGGAAAGUGGUGCCUCUGUUCCAAGGGGUAGGGAUCGGCAUGUUCAUCAUCGCCUUCUUCAUCUGCCUCUACUACAACGUCAUCAUCGCCUGGGCCUUCUUCUACCUCUUCUCCUCGUUCACCGCCGACGUGCCGUGGAAAUCCUGCGACCACUGGUACAACACUGCUGCAUGUCGAAGGUUCGACACCAAGAACUGCACGGCCCACGAAGGGCUGAUGGCUCCCAAUGGGACGUGUUACCUGCAGACAGAGGUGACUCCUGAGGAGUGGCAGAACUUGAAUGUGACAGCCAAGAGCAUGAAGAUGCCAGCUGACGAGUUUUUCCACAACUUCAUGCUGGACAUUUCAGAAGGCUUCCAUGACGAAGAAGGUCACAGCCUGCAGUGGCACCUGUGUCUCUGUCUCAUCUUAUCUUGGGUCAUUGUCUUCCUCGGCCUCUUCAAGGGCGUCUCCAGUAUGGGCAAGGCUGUGUACUUCACCGCGCUAUUUCCCUACAUGGUGCUAAUCAUACUCUUCGUCAGGGCGAUCACUCUUCCGGGCUGCCUCAACGGAAUCUCCUUUUACAUCAUGCCAGUUUGGAGCAAGUUGCUCAGUGCCAGGGUCUGGGCUGAUGCUGCCAUGCAAAUCUUCUUCUCCUUGGGGCCCUGUUGGGGUGGGCUUAUAACUCUGGCCUCUUACAACAAGUUCAACAAUAACUGUUUAAGAGACGCCAUCUUCAUAGCAGUGGCUAACUGUUCGACGAGUUUCUUCUCUGGAUUUGUGAUCUUUGGCAUCGUGGGCUUCAUGGCCCAUGAGUUAGGGGUGCCAGUUUCGGAAGUGGCCGCCCAGGGAGCUGGCCUGGCCUUCAUCGCAUACCCAGAGGCCGUGGCACGUCUGCCCUUCUCGCCCGUGUGGUCCUGCCUCUUCUUCGUGAUGCUUUUGACCUUAGGUCUUGGGUCACAGUUCACCAUCGUGCAGACUGUCAUCACCUGUGUCAUUGAUGUCCUGGGCAUCAGGAGACACUACAAGAAAACUUGCAUGGCAGUCUGUGCCCUGGGCUGCGCCCUGGGCAUUAGUAUGUGCUCUGGGCAUGGAAUGUACAUCCUCCAACUCCUGGAUAAUUAUUCGGGCACUUACUCCGCCCUCAUGAUUGGCUGUGUAGAGCUCAUCGCCGUGACUUGGGUCUACGGGGUCGAUAACUUCAUGGAUGACAUCAAGUCCAUGUUAGGUCACCAUCCGCCUCCUUACUAUUACUGGAAGUAUGUCUGGAAGUACAUCACCCCGGCCAGUGUGUUCAUUAUCCUGAUCUUCACUUUCGUCGACUACAGGCCAUCGACCUACGGUGAUUACAAGUAUCCAGUUUGGGCGGACAUUCUUGGAUGGUUCAUCUCCUUUUCGUGCAUCAUGGCCGUUCCGAUUCGCGCCAUUUGGCUCAUCCUGCAUAAGAGCGGUCCUUUGAAAGCUCGAAUUCAGCAGCUGUGUCGAACAAGCCCCGACUGGGGUCCACCUGACAGGAAGAGACACCACGACCCGACUCUCAAUGCCAUCGACUCCAAGACUCCGCUCGCCAACGACGAGGAGCAGUACGAGAUGGGUCGCGAGUCUCCUUAUCUGAGAGACGACGAGUGGGAGGACGAAGAAGACGACGGCCUCCAGAUGAAGGUUCCAUCUCGCAUGAAAGUCUAGAGAAGAAGAAGAAGAAGAAGAAACGGCUGGAUUCCUAGACCUACUGAGCCUAGACCAAUCAGAGGCCCGGAACACAGUUAAGGAUGAUUUCAUCUUCCCUGGGAAGCUACCAUUCCCGGGAAGGCUCAAAAUGAAGGAAUAUAUGUGAAAAAAAAAGACAAAAAAAGGGCUCUGUGCUCACAUUCACACCACAGAGGUUCCCCAAAAAGGGUAUAUAUAUAUUUCAAAACCAAACACGCAGAUAUCUGCGAGUUCCCGGUCCAGAAUUCUUUCAAUAAUUAUAUAGACUCGAACGGGACAUGAAAAACAAAAACAUAAAAAAAAAAAAACACUUUGGCUUCGUCACCUGCUUGAAUCAAAAAGUUCUAGCUAGCGUCGAGAGCUAGACCUAUUCUCUGUUAUUUAAGUUAAGCCUAUACAAAUUCAGUUCAGGUCGAACGUUAAUUAGGUUCCUGAUACGAAGGAUAUUGUCAUUAUAAAUUUUUUUUGUUUUAUUUGUUCAAGUUUCGUCCCGCACAAAAGGGAAAUAAGCGUUUAUAUAUGAACGAGUUUCCUACGACAAUGCUCUACAGGAGUUUACCAAAAGGCAAACAUUCUUUAGAGCUUAAUUCUUUCUCUCUUUUUAAGAGUUUUCUCUCUUUUUCGUUUCGGCCGACAGAAAGUUGUCCCCGUGGACCUAAAGACAUUCCGACUGUGACAAAUGAAGUGUGAUCAUUAGAGUUAAGGCUUCAGUGAAGACGAAAAUAAAAAAAAAUGUAAAAAAAAUUUCUCAACACUUUUAUCAGAGUAUGUGCGCACUCACGCGCUUCUGCUGCCUGUGUUGUGUGUGUAUACGUGCCAUACGCACUUUUUUUUACACAGCCACGUGUGCGCGUUUUUGCGCACGUACGGGAGGAAUAAGAGUAUAAGAGUCUCUUUAGAAAAACGACUUUUGGUAUUUCAAAUUGAAAAAAAAUAGCAAUACUCGUUUCUGUUGUGGCUUUCGUCGGUAUCGAUUAAGAGGAUGUUUUCGCUGUCUCGGGAACGUGAUCAUGAUAGAUGUAGGAUAACUUCUUUCUUUUUUUUCCCCGUGUUCUUUUGAAGUAAUCCACAGCAAUUUAGAGAAAAUUGGAGUAUUGACUUCUAUUGUUCUUGCUUGUGAUUGAUCGUUUCUGCCGCUUGUUAUCUCCUGAAUCGUAUCGAAGGUUGGCAAAGAAAUUAAGUCUAUAGUGGAUUCGUGGAUUGACGGAGGAGUUCUUGUCACCAAAGUGACUUUGUCGCUAAGUAAUUUACUUUCCAGGCAACUCGAUUCACCCGAAAUCACUUAAAAUUAGUCUUAAGUUUC